GUGAAUAGUAGUGAUUCAGUGAAGUACUAGUCUAGUCAGUCUAGUGCUAAACCAGCCAGUGUUUUUAACACUAUCUAUUUUAUAGGUUGUUUUUCAAGGUAAAGUUGAAAACUCUGGAUCAUUUAUUUUUUAAUCAAGAUGCAAGAAAAAACAAUAAUGUUAAAACCCUAGUCAUUUGUAAAUAAACUCUCUUAUAAUAUUAGGAAAAUGUUGAGUGGUUCUCAGAGACAGUUGCAAAGAAUUUAUUUGUCUAAAUUUCUACAUUUAUUAAAUGGUGAUGCAUUGACUUGGAAACACUCAAAUAUAUGUGCCAAAUGUAUAUCAUCUAGUUCAAAUGAUUUUCAAGAAACUGUUGGUUCAAAACAUGAAAGUGAUAAAUUGCUGGAACCAGUGCCAGAGAAUUCAGUAAAUAUUUUCCCAACAGUGAGUCUCACUGUUCAACCAGAGUCUGUGUGUAUUCCUGGAAUCACUACAGAUUUAAAUGGUGGUUCAUCAGAGCAAGUUGUAUCACCAGUACCUCUAGGACAAAUUGUACCCCCAGAACCACCAAUCAACUGCUGUAUGACUGGAUGUGUGAACUGUGUUUGGAUUGCAUAUGCUGAGGAACUUAAGGAGUAUUGUAAAAGUGUUGGAGGGGACCCUAAAGAUACAAUUGAUAAAAUUACAGAUCCAUCUCUUCGAGCUUUUAUUAAGAUGGAGCUUAACCUUUAAGCAUAAUCCUUAAAGGAAACUGUUGUACUGUGACAUACUUAGAGUAAUAGACCCUUCUUUUUGUGCAUUUAGUAUUGUAGAUAAUGUUUAUAAGUGUAACUUGUCCAAUGGAAGAAAUGCCAUUCAUGAUGGUUUUACUAAAAUGAAGUGUUUUCCACAUUAUUUAUACCAGUAACUAACAUUAAGUAUUUAUUUAAAUUUUUAAUAAAACAAUGUUUUUGUACUAAGCUUGGUUUUUUUUUUUGUUUCAUGUUAUUUUGUCUUCAUCAUGUUAAUGUGGUACAAUUUUUCCUGUUUAGAUUAGUAAUACAUCCUUGGGUCAACCAAGCCCCUAGGGCAGAGAAGUAAGAUGAGACCAUUGUAUUAGCCAUACAAUUCUGUUAGUUGCUAUGAUUUCACAAACAAAUGUCUGACUUAAGAACAAUUUCCUCUCAUUAAGUUACCAUAACUAUUGCAUCACAUGUUCAAAGUGUGAAAACAUUGAUCUACCUCCAUUGAAACUUCAUGCAGUUAAUGG